GCCGCGAGCUGCGCGCGCCAGAUGCCAAAGGACGAGGCGCCAAGUCGGAAGCGGCACAGAUGUGACCCUAGCCCCGCACCGGCCCCGCGCGCGUUACCGCAACAAACGCACCGGACGACCGCGACUCGUCUCUUACUCCCACUUAUGUUCGACCGGAGCCGUCGACCCGCCGCCCACCGAGCCGGAGCAGCGGACCAGGACCGAGGCUGACGACAUGGAGGCAGAGGGUGUGAGCAUAUGGCCGCGCAUGGAGCCCUUCCUCCUGGGCGCCCUGCAGGUGGCCCCCUCCUCCAAGCUCAGCCUGCACUAUCUGCGAAAGAUGGCGACCUACGUGCGAACGCGGGAUGGCUGCUUCCCCGGUCUGGGCUGGCCCAUGUGGCGGCACAUCGCCUGCGGGAAGCUGCAGCUCCCCGAGGACCUGGCGUGGCUCUACUUCGAGACCUUCGACCUCCUCGUUGGCCACACGGCGGAGGAGAGGCUGGAGUGGGCCGAGUAUCUCUCGCAGUGCUCCUCCAAGAGCGAGCUGGACCAACAAAGGAGCAAGUUGUCUGUGGACACGCUGCAGUUCCUGCUCUUCCUCUACAUCCAGCAGCUGAACCGAGUGUCCCUGCGAACCUCCCUGAUCGGCGAGGAGUGGCCCAGUCACCGCACUCGCUCCCCGUCGCCGUCGGACAGAGAGGCCAAGACCAGCUCCCAGAACAAGAACUGGGACGAUCAGGCCCACCUGUCGUUUGUGCAGAGCCACCUCGGGGAGAUUCUGGAGCUGCUGGUGGAGCCGGGACAGCUGUCGCAGUCCGGACAGGCCCUGAGAGACUGUCAGAUCUCCCUGGAGGCCGUGCGUAGCCUGGGCCUGCUCCUCGAGGGCUCGCUCGGCCGCGCCAGAGCGGUUCAGCCUGUCCACCGGCUGCUGACCAAAGGUUUGCUGCAGACACAAGCUGGCUACUCGGCGCUCAGCCACAGCUUCCCGCUGCAUCAGCUGCUGUCCUGCCUCCAGCAGAACCUCAUACUCAACCCCUUCGGCAUUACGGCCUGUCUGCGCUCCGGCAAGAAACUUGCCUGGGCCCAGCAAGUGGAAGGGGCCAUGAAAAGAGCCAAAAUAGCCAGGAACACCCACACGGCGCCGCCGGGCAGCAAGAUGGUGCUGAUGUCCCAGGUGUUCAAACAGACUCUGGCUAAAACCUCAGACAAGCUGAACGGCGCCAACAUCAAAAUCCACCGAUGCUCUGACGCCUUCAUCUACCUUCUGUCACCUCUCAGAUCCGUCAGCCUGGACAAAUGCCGCGACAGCUUAGUGGUUCUGGGUCCGGUGGAGACCAGCGUCCACGUUCACAGCUGCCAUAACGUGCGCGUGGUGUGUGUGGCCGGCAGGGUCGCUGUCAGCGCCUCCUCCCGCUGCACCAUCCACGCCUUGACGCCCACCCGCCCCCUGCUCCUACCCGGAAACACGGACCUCACACUGGGACCCUUCCACACCUUCUACCCCUCCCUGGAGGACCACAUGGCCAGUGCUGGGCUCGCCGUGGUUCCCAGCGCCUGGGACGGGCCCCUGCUCCUGGGGGCCGAGGGCCUCGUCAACCCCUCACUCAACAUGACGUCAAACCCGGACGCCGCCUGCUACCGCCUGCUGCCCCCGGCCGAGUUCCACCUGCUGGUCGUUCCGUUCCAAACGGAGGGCGACACGUGUGAAGUGCCUGGCGGAUUACCAGCUCCGUACCAGGCAGCGCUGGAUGAAAGGCGGAGGAGGAUCGAGAACUGGCAGAAAACUGUGAUGGAGUCUCGGCUGAACAAGGAGCAGAAGCGUCAAUUCCAGGAGUUGGUGGAAGUAAAGUUCCACGAGUGGCUCCAGGAGACGGGGAACCGGCAGGAGCUCGACAGCCUCAUCCCGCCCACUGUCGCCUCCUUCCAGGACGCCAACGGGCCGGCGACCACGCUGCGGGUCGACGAGGCCAAACACGGGGAAUAUAAAAGUGGAGCGGCGAGGGGGCACAGUGCAACAUCGAGACCGCAGGGGCAACAACCUCCUCCAUCGCCACCGCUCACCAUCACCGAGAUCGUCUUCUACGAGGACAAGAACUUCCAGGGCCGCCGCUAUGAGUGCGACAGUGACUGCUCCAACUUCCACGCCUACCUGAGCCGCUGCAACUCCAUCCGGGUGGAGAGCGGCGCCUGGGUGGUGUACGAGCGGCCCAACUACGUGGGCUACCAGUACGUCCUGACCCGGGGCGAGUACCCGGAGCACCAGCGCUGGAUGGGACUCGACGACCGCCUCAGCUCCUGCAAGAUGAUCCACUUUACCAGCGGGACCACGUACAAGAUGCAGCUCUAUGAUAAGGCCGACUUCGGGGGCCAGGCCUUCGAGGCCACCGAGGACUGCCCCUUGCUGCUGGAGAAGUUCCGCUGGAGGGAGGUCAACUCCUGCAAGGUGUUCGACGGCUGGUGGGUCUUCUACGAGAACCCCAACUACCGCGGUCGCCAGUACUUCCUGGAGAAGGGGGAGUACCGCAAGCCCGGCGACUGGGGCGGCGCCAGUCCCAUGGUCCAGUCGUUCAGACGCUUCACCGAGUGAUUCGCCCUCCAACAGAAACACUGUGUCGGUGUCGGACUGUAAUAAUCUGAGGUCUCACGAAUAAAAACCUGUCCCGCAGCAGA